CGCACUAUUGAAAUCCAAUAUGUCGCUGUCUGGAAGAAGUUUGCACGCUAAUUUAAUGGAAUUUUACUAGUUUGCAGCAAGAAAAAACAGCCGAGAGAUGAGCAGUGAAGAUCAGCUCCAAGUAUUGGUGCUGGACAUUUACAGCCAAAUCAAAGGCACUCCUCUGGAGCUGGAGCUAUUUAAACAAGCACAGAUCAUAUCUCAGAACCCGCUGCUAAGGUCCUCAGAGCUCAAGCAAACUGUGAUUGAAACCUUGUCAAAAAAAGAACAUGGCACUCAGCUCAAGAACACAGUGUACAAGUACUUACAGAAGCGCCCGGCUGUGCCCCACCCCAAGGCAGGACCAGAACACCUCAAAGAACCCCUGACCUACAUCAGGAAGGCACAGAGCAAUUGGGAUAAACGUAUUGUGAAAAGUUUAAACAGCAUGUGCACCGAGCUGGGAGUCCCUCUCGCAAGAAAGAGAAGUGAGAAGGAUCAAAAAGAAGUUAUUGUACAUUGGGGAGAGCUGGGGACGGCCGCUCCUGAUUUGAGUGCUUUCCGCCCAGUGUAUGCCCCCAAAGAUUUCCUGGAGGUGUUAGUGGGGCUGAGGAACCCUAAUGCCCACAGCGGGGAGCCUAGCAGUUUUUCCUCACUGUGGGGGAUCAUCCAAGUUCCCCUUAGAAUUAGGAGUAUAAUGGAACUGAGGCUCAGAUUCAAUGAAAUGUCCAUCAACCAGUGCCAAACUGGUGUUGAUGAUAACCCAGACAUCCCUCCUGAACUCUUUGAUAAUGACAGAUCAAAGUUGGCCAAGAAAGUCCUGAACAACAAGCAUAGUCCGCUCAGUCAGGAGUUUCUGAAGAAAGGAGCGCCCCCUGGUGUCCGCGCUGAACUCUGGAAACAAACUCUGGGAGUGGAUGUAGACCAAAUAGAUCAGUUAUAUUAUGAGCAGCUGAAGUCUUAUGUGGUGCAGCAUGAUCUCCUGGUAGAUAGUCUCAUUUAUAAGGAUGUUAAACUGACGGCUACAAAUGAUGACCAGUAUUUUGUGUUUGAAGACUACAUUUAUCAGGUUUUAUUCCCCUUUUCCCGAGAUACCCAAGUCUUGGACCACUUUAAACACAGCAGUGCCAACCCCCCGAAGUCAUACAUCCGCGGCAAGCUAGGUGUGGAGGAGUUUGCAGUUCACUAUCCUCCCAAUGGUGUUAUUCCAUUCCACGGGUUUGCUAUGUAUGUGGCUCCACUGUGCUACAUCUAUGAUGAUCCAGUAGUCCUGUACUACGUAUUCAGAGAGCUCUACAUGAGGUAUUUCUUCAGGCUUCACCAGAUCUCCUCUCAUCCUCAGAGUAUUGUGUCUUUGUGUCUAUUGUUUGAAUCUCUACUGCAAUCACAAGAACCUCAGUUAUUUCUGCAUUUAAAGACCAUACAGGCUCAGCCGCUGAGAAUUGCAUUUAAGUGGUUAAUACGAGCAUUCUCAGGUUACCUUGAUAGUGAGCAGGUCUUGCUGCUAUGGGAUAGAGUACUAGCUUACAACUCACUGGAGAUACUGGCAGUGUUAGCUGUGGCAAUUUUUUCAUUUAGGAAGACCAAUCUCCUACAGGUUGGAACAGCUUCUGCAGCGGAGGGUGUACUAGCAGACAUCACAACUCUAAAAGUUGUUCCACUGAUACAGCUCAGCCUCUUCUCCACCUAAAACUAAACCAAAGAAAGUUGAAAGUGAAAGCUCAGAAUGACGUGAUAUAAAAACAGAGGCUGCAGUAGCUUUCUCUGUACUUUGUGCAGUGCUAUUAAUGAAAGAAAAUGAUAAAAAUAGAUAACAUCCUAAACAUCCACUUAUGUUUUAUUGUAAUGUGCAGUGGAAAUGACAUACUUAUUAAUUAAAAAAAGACUUAAUAUGUUCUUUUAUUGUAUUUAAUGGCAGUGUCUGGACUGUGCAAACAAUAACAGGGACUGGUUCUAUAACUGGUGAGGGUUUCCACCAGACAUUUGGAUCAUGCACGCUUUCGAAUGAAGUUUAGACUUGAGGAAGGAAAAGCUAUUGUGUAUAAAACUCAUCUUUCAAUCAUUUUUCAUUUUAUUGUCAAAUUUGUAAGAAUGGUGUAAGUUUUGGCACCAAUAAACUCAAGACAUCAUUUUCACUAUGAUCAUCUUUAAAAGUAAAAAUUAAAUAAAGAGAACUCUGUACAGCUAAUUUAGUAAGGAUAUCAUCUUUUCAAUUAAUAUAUACCUGUUAACAAAAUGAGAGCUAACUUUGAUAUUCUCCACAGAGGACUAUAACUAAGAGAAAUGUAAAUCUCACAAAAAGAUGUUACAGAUAACAUCUAAUUAAUAAUAAGAUGAUGAAUAUCAUCCUCUGUGAAACAGAACUUACACUGGUCAUUUCUUUGCAAGUUUUUGAGUUUUAUGAAUAGAACAAUCUGCACAAAAAUAAUUAACAAAUAUUGUUCAAUCUUCAAAUUAAAAAUAAAGUUCUGCUCCUAAUAUGAACCCAACAUCAACAUUUUCUUCAUCUAUAAAAUGACAGUGCUUUUCUGUGACAUCAAAACAAGCGCCAAACACCUCUGUUACCCUCUACCAGGGCGAGUGAUAGAUUUUUUACAACUCCACUGAGUUGAACUUUAAAUGACCAUCCAUCUACCUAGAGACAUAUCUGUGAAUAUUUGUAAAAAAUCUAUCACUCGCCCUGGUAGAGGGUACACCUCUGUAAGGGCCCAUUCCCAAUGGAGCUAUCAUUCUAAGUUGACCAAUCCAACACUAGGGGAACUUGCUGAAUGCAAUCAGAUUAACAUGCCUCUUUUCCAACAUGCUCAUAUUAUCACAAGCAUUUCUGGACUCUACUCAACACCAGAAGGUGUGUAAAUCUGAUUGCAAUCAGCAAGAUUCCCUGCAAAGUUAGAUCUAUCAAUGUAACAGUCUCAUUGGGAGCGAUCCCAGAGAGUGCCCUCUGGUGGCAGCAAGGAGAUACUUGUUGACAUUAGGAAAUGUCACUUUUGCUACUCUCAUACCCACUGUGACAAGGUAUUACAGACAAGAUUUCAUUUAACCCUAAUUAAAUACAAAAA